UUCCAGAAUAUCUGGUUUUGUCUCCUUUUCCUCCUCGGGGUAUUACAAAAUAAGAGCAUCUCCAAAAGCUAAGAAUACAGCAACAUACACAUUUACACAGAAAGGAAAAAUAGCUGUAGCUGGUCCAUAUAAACUGGUCUGUAUAAAACAUCCAGGUGGGAGCAGCUUAAAGUGUCUGGAUAAACUUGCCAGCCACAAAUCCAAACAUCAAAUUCCACUUUACAGCGGAUGAAGCGAUAAAAACUGCGUGUGCGUCCACGCAGCAUCUACAUCACUGGCAUUUAUUUAUGUUUUCUGUGUUGAUGGAUGCAUUUCAGAUUGUCUUCCUGCGCUGCACAGCUGGAGUUAGUUUGUACCAACCCCUAUCUGCCAGAGACCAUAACUGUGGAACAUCUUUCUGCAAAUAGCAGAGCUGCUUCUCAAAGCCUCCUCUGUGAAAAAUCAUUAUCACGAUGCUUAAGCUUUGGUUUUGUUUGCAGAAAUGCCUGUAUACAAUGCAGUACUUCUGCACAAUUUAUUUGCACGUUACACAUGUGUACUCCAAAAAGUAAUUACUACAAAAUAAUUACAUGCACAAUUGCAAGAAAAACAAGAAGAUUUCUAAAUUUAGAUACACCUUUUAAGUUGCAAACAAUAUUUUGGUGUUGCUAAUUGCAUCAACUUAGUAUUUAAUGCUCACAUUUCUGCAUUCAUUGAUAGAAAACUUAACUCAAGUUGCACUAAGUUCAUGAAAUUAGCCUUACAAUUUAAAUUUUUACCAAGAUUGAGGGUUUGUUAUAACCUCAGAUUUGCUGAGUCUAUUACCAUUUUUUAAUCCUUUAUAUCCAUUUUUUUCUUUUGACAGCAAACAAUGUUUUUGCUGAUUCAAAUACAGUAAAAAAUAGUGUCCUUUUUAGGUCAAACACAUUCUGUUUUGACAGAACAGUGAAAAAACAGGAAAUUGUUUAACAAACUACAGCUAUAACCAUGAAUUUUUUUACAGCGUAUAAGGAUAAACAAAGUAAUUUCUUGUCAUAUAAAUGCCGAACAAUGCUCUGGUCGUCUCUUAGUGACUGACAUUGUGUUUGUGUUUGUCACAUUAUUCUCCACUUAUCCUUCUUGUAAUAACAGUAAAACAAUCUGCUGGCUGUAACUGGAGCCCGUUUCAGUGCGGAGACGUGAAUGAAACAUGUGACAUGCUGUGAUUGGUGGCUGUUUGUUGACAGAUGGCUCCUUUGUCAAGUUAAUUUCUUCAGCAGAAUAACCAGGUAGAUAAUUACCUGCUGCUUUGUGAUCAUUAGAGCCAUUGUUGUGUUAAAAACAUCCUCAUGCUGAAUAUUUGUCGCUCAGUGGGGAAACCAGAGGAGGUGAUUGCAUGAAGUCGACCUCAGGCAACAUGUUUGUCUUUUCUUCUUCUUUGGUUUGUGACAUGUUGAUCUAAUUCACUUCUUAUUUCUCAAACACCUCAUUACUGUAGAGAAAUCCCCUUGAAAAAACAGGUGAUAAUCUGGCAACAAAGCGCCAGAAAAACAUUAUUACAAACUGGAAUGUUGUAACAAACAACACAAAUAACAAUAACUGCGACUAUAUGUCAAAUAAUUACAGUUUUGGCUGAUUUAAGUACAGUAAACUACAAUUGUAUAGUCACACACUGUAAAAGAGCCUAAUUACUUUGUAAAAAAAUACUGAUUUUUUGACUUUAUUUUCAGUUUUUCCCCGUCUUUUUACAGGUUUUUGCAGUCAACAUGUGAAUUAUUUGCCUUUUUCUGUGACUUGAAAUGUUCUGAAUUAUGUUUGAAUAAUUAUUUACAAUUUUUCUAUCCUUAAUGUAGAGUAUUUUUUAAAACGACGGCAAAUAUCCGUAAAAUAAUAUAAAAAAAUACAGUUUUUGAUGUGCACAUUAUGUAGAGUGUUGUAAACUGUCUUUGCCUGCAUUUAUAUAAAUAAUUAACAUGGAAAUUAGUAUUUUUUUCAGUAAUUUUUGGAUUUAUCUAUACAAAUUGAAAAAAAUCGUAAAAUAACAACAAAAAGAAUUGUACCAUUUUUCAGUUCUUAUGUGUACUUUUUCUCUCGAAUAACAGCAAAUGUCUUUAAAACAGCUAUUUUUUUUGCUGAUUUACACAGUAAAGCUGUGUACUUUUACAAUCAAAUGUUGUAUAAGAACACAUUAACAUUUGUAAAAAAUUCAGAUUUUUGAUGUUAAUGUGAGGUAGAGUGUUUCUUUUUUGCAAUCAACAUUAAAUUACAUCUUUUCUUCUGUAAUUUGCCUUCACAUAAGGUAUGUCUGAUGUAUAUUUCUGCAGAUGAAGUGCCCUCACAGGUCAAACUUGGUGUUUUAUUGGAGACCUCAAGUUUUCUUAACCUGCAGCUGCACUUAGGCUCAGUUGCAUCAGAUUAGACCCUCAUUCAUCCGGGGUGCAAAUAAACACGAUCCGGUAUUAAGAGGCUGCAGCGGAAAGGGGAGUGACGGAGGUGUUGAGUUUCAUGUCAAACCACCUGUGAGGAGCCUCUUAAGGCGCUGGUUCACGGCUCCAGGCAGCACAGAGACUCCAGCCUCUCAGAGAAGCUCCAGUCACCCGAAUGACCGCACCGUUAACCGAAGCGCAGAGUUUACACCUAAGCAUGGAGAGCCGGAUCAGACCCCUCGGCCUGUCCGCCUCCGGUCCGCUCGGAGGCCUCCAGGUGCCCCCGUCCCUCCUGCGCCCUCCGCCUCCGCCUCCUCUCUUCCUCCGGACCUGUAACCCGGCGCUGGAGAGAGGAUACCCGCGGACCCCGAAGUGCGCCCGAUGCAGGAACCACGGCGUCGUGUCUGCUCUCAAAGGCCACAAGCGCUUCUGCCGCUGGAGGGACUGCGUGUGCGCAAAGUGCACGCUGAUAGCAGAGAGGCAGCGGGUGAUGGCGGCGCAGGUGGCCCUCAGGAGGCAGCAGGCACAGGAGGAGAGCGAGUCCCGGGAGCUGCGGCUGCUGUACCAGGGAGGGGACGCAGGGAUCCUGCAGGGAUCACCAGUAGGAGCCGGUGUCCAAGCAGCCUCCAGCAACACCGCAGCAGCUCCGUGUUUUGAUGUUUUUGGAACCGAGAACCACAAAGAUGAUGACAAAUUAAGCAAGUAUAACUUUUAUAACGGAUUCAUGGGUCGGCCUCUCUUCGCCCCCCGGCUCUCCUCACCAGUGGACACGCAGCAGCAGCACCUGUCUCCCAGCCGGGACACCUCCGCUCCGCUCUCCGGUGACAGCGCGAGUCCAUCCCCGGUGUCCGACCAGCGCUCUGACCACACAGACAGUCCACACAGGUCGCUCUCCUCCUCGGAUCCGGAGUCUUCGGGCAGCGAGUCGGAGAAACCGAAGGACUACCCGAACCUGGAGCGGGACCCCACCGACAUCAUGGCCAAGAUCUUCCCCCAGCAGAAGAGGGACACUCUGGAGUCUAUGGUGAGGACGUGCAAAGGUGACAUAGUGAAAUCCAUCGAGCUGGUGCUGAGCUCCAAGGAGAACAAACUGGACUCUGAUGGCACGUCUGGUCUCCAGAGCGCUCUCAGGCCUUCCUUCGGGCUACCCGGAGCGCUCGGAGCUCUGGGGAACAAGUCCGCCUUCUCCCCGCUGCACAUGCCUCCAGUGGCGGGAGGAGACGGUCUGUUCGGCCUCGGUCCCCGCCUCGGUGUCAGUCCCCUACGGCUGGCUUAUUCUUCUGCUAACGGCGGCAUGGCCAGCUUCAUGUCUCCGUACGUGAGCUCCGGAUUGAUGCCGGUGUUUCCGCUGCGUCCUGCGCCGCUGGACUCUUAUUCCUUCCCAGGAAUGAUCCGAGAUCUUUCUUACCUCCACAGCAAAGAGUCUCUUUGCAGCUCAGGCCUUUACACACGACUCAACAGUGAUAAAUGACUAUAAAUACUGACUCAUAAAACCUGUAAAGUGUCUUUCAGAUUUACUUUUCAAGUGCCUCAGUUAAGAUUCUUCUCAAACAUGUUUGUUUUUUUAAUAAUGUGCAUUCAGUAAAGAUUCUUUAUUGAUAAUAAACAUAUUUUGUUGCUUA